AUGGAAGGACCUCUGACCUCUACUCCACCUGCUACCACCUCCUACUCCCUCUGCCCCAGCGCUGCCACCCUCUACCUCCUCCCGUCGGUCUACACCUUCCUCUUCCUCACCGCUCUCCCGGGGAACGCGCUGUCUCUGUGGGUGUUCCUGCGCCGCAUCCCCACCAUCUCCCCCAUCCACAUCUACCUGUCCCACCUGAGCGCCUCCAACCUGCUGCUGUCCCUCACCGCGCCCUUCCUGGCGGGCUACUACGCCCGGGGCUCCGUCUGGGCUCCGGGCGACGCCCUGUGCCAGACGGUGCUGCACGGCGUCACCCCCGUCCUUCACAUCAACCUCUACAUCAGCAUGCUGAUCCUCACGUGGGUGGCGCUCAGCCGCUUCGCUGCGCUGAUCCGGAACACCCACGCCCCCCGGCCCAGCGCCUGCGCCACCCUGCUGCCUCGCGGCUUCUUCACGCGCCUCACGCGCGCCUCCUUCGCCAACACCGUGUGCGCCAGCAUGUGGCUAGUGUCGGUCGGGGGAGUGGUUCCGGCCACGGUUUACUACUCGGUGAUGGAGGCCGCUGGGGCCGGGCCCGCGGGGGGCUGUGUGGAGGUGUGCUCCAGCCCCGCCGUCGAGCUGGGGGGCCGGCAGACGGCCACCGUGGCGGUGCCCGUCAUAACGCUCUUCUUCCUCUUCUACCUGCUGGUGCUGCUGUCCUACGUGACGGUGCUGCGGCAUCUCCGCCGCUCCCGUCGCAACACCACCGUCUCCACCUCGCAGAGCCUCCUGACCAAGGUCUUCAGGAACAUCGUGGUCAUCCUGGUUGUGAUCUCGGUGUGUCUGCUCCCGUAUCACAUCUUCAAACCCAUCUUCAUCACUCUGGCUCAUGAUGAAGCUGGGCUGCCGCACAGCGCCGCCCCGGACUUCUGCACUUGUCAUCCCCUCUCCGCUUUAAUCGAGAUAAAGAACUGCUUGCUUCUCCUCGCCACUCUGAGAAGCUCAACCGACCCGGUGAUGUACUUCCUGCUGGACGGGACCUUCCGCACUCACGCUCUCAGGCUUUUAAGUUGCAAGCAGGAACCGUCAAGAUUUCAGACUACGUUUUGGUCACUGACAGGAAGUUUCAAUCCGAGGUCGGAGGAGCAGAGGGAAGCAAACGUGUCCACCGUAGAUGUGGACGCCACACAUGGAAAUGUUUCGUGAUUCAUGUUAUCCAAUCUUUUACCCUGGAGCCCCCCUACUUAUUAUCCCUACAACAAAAAAACUAAACAACUUCAGCAAAAUGAGACAUUUUGAGACUUUUUAAACUUAUCUUGCACUUUAUAUUUAUUUUACUUAUCUUGCACUUA